AUGCGUUCGAGUUUCGUUCUGGUUGUGCUAGUACUCGCCUUAGCAGCAUGUGUACAGGGCCUUACCACCAGCGAGAAAGCUGCUUCGAGCGUCAACCGGGAGAGUACGAUUUCUUACAGGCGCCUGAAAGGAGCCAUCACAGCUACAGAGGGCGCUGUCGCAGAGGACGAGGAGAGGGGAGCCAUGACCAAAAUUUCCGUGAUGCUGAAGGGGGCGUUUUCACCGAUCACGAAACUUUUCGGAACGAGUACGACCUCUAAGGUUCGGGGCUUGCAGAAGGACGCGCAGCUCGUCAAUAGUAUCAAAGGUGACGCGAGGCUCCAGCAUCUUGGGACUGCCAUCGCGAAAAACCCAGGUGCUCUCACAGAAAAGAAGGUCGGGAGAAUUGGCGAGUUUAUUGGGAGACUUAAGAAGAUUGAGUUCACCGGAGAUGUUUAUGGCAUGAGAAUUGCGUAUGGUCUUCUAUUCCUCGCAAUUUUCGGCAUCUUGGGCACUGGUUACCUAAUUACUCGCAACGUCCAGAAUAGUUACAUACAUUCGGAGACUAACUAG